AUUACACUCACUCUCUCUCUCCUCUCUCUAGCCGACACUCAAUCGCCAAAAGUAGCAUCCUUUGGGUUUGGGCGGGUUAAAAAACGCAAAGUUUGACCCUUUUGACCUUUCUUUAUCUCAUCUCACAAACAUUAAUAAAAAUGGAUGCUUUUGAUGAAGACGACGGUUUUGGUUCUCGUUUUAACGACGGUAUUCGAGAAGAAGAGGAAGAAGAGGGGUUUAGUUUCUAUGAAGAUGGUGUUAUUGAAGAAGAUGAAGAGGGUUUUGCUUCUGAUUUCUACAAGGCUGGUUCUGAUUGGUCUUGUUUGUUGGAAGAAGUUGAAGAGAUUAUUACUCCUGAGAGUAAGAAAAAGAUGAAACAAGCAGACUUGUUUCAGGUUUGGGGUUUGCAGAAGUCUACUCCUCCUGAGACUAAGAUGAAGAAUAAGACAACGAAACAAACUGACUUGUUUCAGGUCUGGGGUUUACAAAAGCCCUCUCCUUCCACCACUUCACCUGCUUCUUCUUCCUCUUCGUCCAAAAAGACAACGACUACUGCUUCAGGAAAGAGACUUAGAGACUCUCCAUGGGCCAAUGACACGCCUCGACAGUGCCCUUUUUACAAGAAACUUCCAGGAACACCGUUUACUGUGGAUGCCUUUCGCUACGGUUGUGUUCAAGGCUGUUCUGCUUACUUCCUUACUCACUUUCACGCUGAUCAUUACAUUGGCCUCACUAAAUCCUGGUCUCAUGGUCCCAUUUACUGCUCCUCCCUCACUAGUCGUCUUCUCAGACUUAGUCUCUCUGUUAAUCCCUCGUCAGUUCUUUUUCCUAUCAUUUAUCCUUUCAACUUUGUGUCUUUAGUUGAUUCUCUGUGUGUUUGUAGGUUUAUCCAUCCGUUGGAGCUAGAUGUUGAGUACACUAUUAAUGGAGUCAAAGUCACUUUAAUCGAAGCUAAUCAUUGCCCUGGUGCUGCCCUCAUUCACUUCCGUCUCUUGGAUGGAACAUGUUAUCUGCAUACUGGAGAUUUCAGGGCUUCUGAACAGAUGCAAACUCAUCCUCUCCUCUUUAACCGACGAGUUCACGUGCUGUAUUUGGAUACAACCUAUUGCAAUCCCAGAUACAAAUUCCCCUCUAAAGAAGAUGUGUUAAGUUAUGUUGUGAGAAUCACAAAGGAGUUUCUCAGGAAGCAACCGAGGACACUGAUUGUGGUUGGUUCUUAUAGCAUAGGGAAAGAAUGUGUUUAUCUAGCUAUUGCCAAAUCACUUGGGGUUAAGAUAUUUGCAAACGCUUCAAGAAGACGGAUACUGGAAUCUUUUGGAUGGGAUGAUAUUUCGAAGAAUCUUUGUGCAGAUGGGAAAGCCACAUGUCUUCAUGUUCUGCCUAUGUCAGCAUUGAAAGUUGAAAGACUCGAUGAACACUUGAAGCUUUAUAGAGAACAGUAUGGAGCAGUUUUGGCAUUUAGGCCCACAGGUUGGACUUACUCCGAGAAGGUAGGAGAACACCUUAAUCUGAUAAAGCCAACUUCUAGGGGAAAAGUUACCAUUUAUGGGGUUCCAUAUAGCGAGCAUUCAAGCUUUACAGAACUUCGUGAGUUUGUUCAAUUUUUAAGGCCCAGAUAAGAUUAUUCCCACAGUGAAUAUCUCAAAUGCUGAGAGCCGCGAGAAAAUGCAGUCAUGUUUUAGAGAAUGGCUCAGACGCUGAGAUUCAACUCUAGUUUCUGCAUCGCAAUGUGUGUUCUCAGCUGAAGCUUUGUAGGGAUGCUUGAUGCUUCUAUAACAUCAUCCUGGAUAUUGCAACCGUAGAGUUUUAAGUGAUGUCUUGAUUAUUACUCUUGUAAUCUUGUAUUUUGUAUACUCUCAACUGGCUAUUUCUUUUGAGUUAUGAUUGAUGAUUGGUAAAGAAAAGAUUUCAGAGAAACAAACCAUUCUAUAUUUUACAUUUA